AAUUACAGUAUUGAGAUUACUAAAUAUAAUAAAUAAACUAAUAUAAUGGCUGCACGAUCCCCACAACAAAGACCGAACGGGCCUGGAGGCCCUGGGAAAAUCUGUCAGUUUAAACUUGUACUUCUCGGCGAAUCAGCUGUUGGAAAAAGUAGCUUGGUGUUGCGUUUUGUAAAAGGGCAAUUUCAUGAGUAUCAGGAGUCUACAAUAGGAGCCGCGUUUCUCACACAGACAGUCUGUCUUCAAGAUACGACAGUAAAAUUUGAGAUAUGGGAUACCGCCGGUCAGGAGCGAUACCACAGUCUUGCGCCCAUGUAUUACAGAGGUGCUCAAGCAGCAAUUGUUGUCUAUGACAUCACAAACCAGGAAACGUUUGCCCGAGCUAAAACAUGGGUCAAGGAACUACAGAGACAAGCAAGCCCUAACAUCGUGAUUGCGCUUGCUGGGAACAAGGCUGAUCUUUCUAAUAAAAGAAUGGUUGAACUGGAUGACGCACAAGCCUAUGCUGAAGAGAACAGUCUGUUGUUCAUGGAGACUUCGGCUAAAACAGCGAUGAAUGUUAAUGAUAUAUUUCUUGCUAUCGCCAUGAAGCUUCCGAAGAAUGAACAAGGAACAAACGCAAAUCGACAGCGCACUGUCGAUUUGAGGCAAAACGAACAGCAGAGCGAGUCAAAAUCAUGCUGUGGAAGCAAUUGAAUAAAUAAAGUGCAAAAAAAACUAAGAAUUUACCCCUGUUGCAUAUAUAUUUCCCUAGGUGCGCGACAGUUCUAGCACAUAUUGUGAUGUCACAAAAUUGUUCAUGUCACAUGGCAUCAUUAUUCUAGGGAAUUAUGAUAUCACAUUGCAUUUUAAAAAUAUUUUGUAAAGAGUAAUUAUUAUAAUAAUGACAUCACAAUAUAUUAUAUUGAGUUAAUUAUGAUGUCUUUGUUUAGUUAUGAAGUCAUAAUGCUUUGUUGUUGAUCUUAUUUGCAAUAUAAUGACAUCAUAGAUACAAAUAUGAUGUGAGUUGUGACAUCACAAUGUGUUUGAUUUGCUGUGAAUCCGUCUGUCUGUGCAUUCUUUAAUGAUUUUCAAAUUAUUGUCGAAAUUGGCACUGAAAUUUGGACACUAUAUUAUGUUUUCUUGUUUUUUAUUCUCUUUUCAAAUGUUGUUGAGUGUGGACUACUGUUGGCUGCACUCCCGAUAGGCCACGAAUGACACUACAUAUCGUCAUAUGGAAUAAUAUGAGGUUGGAUAACUUAUUUCUUUUGGACCAUCUGAUUCUACGAUAUUACUGAAAUGGCUGUGCUGGUUCUUGGCAUAUUAUUCACUUACACACCAGAAAAUCAUUCCAUUCUCACUGAGCAACAUAGCAUGUAAUAAUUUGGAUGGUUAGGUAUUAAUGUCAAUUUUGGGUAAGGAAGACAUGGCUUAAUCAUAUAGAAACUACAGUUCGUCUAGGGUUUAGCAUUACAGGUCUGGUAUGGGAUUAGCUAACCAGUUACUUGUUUCAAACGCGUGGAGAACUACUGAAUUCAGCAGCUCCCUAUAUCAUCCAAAUCCAUGCAUUUGAAACUUAUAACUUACUCCGAGUUAAAAGUGUCAGUAAAAACUUUGUAUAAAACGAAAUAAAUAAUUAACUAUGAGCCAAAAUUGGUAAAGGUCAAAAUUUUUCAGAAUAUUAAUACCUAUUUCCUUAUUGUUGUUAUUUGUAAAGCAGGUAACAUUAGUAUUCCCAUAUAAAAACAUGAAUUACCCAAAUGCCAUAGCAAUAAAGCCAGAUCCAACAAAGCCUAGAGUCAUUUUAACUCUGCGAUAAAAUUUUGAAUGUUAUUCGAUAGUCAUUACCUAAUCACAACUGAUUCAUUGAAUUAUUAACUUGAAAGUUUUUCUCAAGUGUCAUAUUUUUUUUAAAAUCCUAAUCUCAUGGGGAACACUGAUUUUUUGUGAGUGGUUUAGAAUCGAUUAAUUAGAUUGAAGUAGUAUUCAAAAUGAGUACCAAGCUGAAAUGUGAUUUUAGGAGUUCUUAUAGUCAAAAUUCCCGGUGUUCUUUUUCUGUGAAGUAUGCUAUAUCUACAAUUAAUUGUUGAAGUGACAGAUUUUGGCAUAGAGAAUCUUUUUUGAAUAAAAUCCAAACAGUCUUCUAAAAUAUACUUAUAUACUGGUACUGACGUUUUAAUUUUUUAUAUAAAUUCUUAUAAAAGGGAUAACUUUUGUCUGACAUGCAGUUUGGAUCUUUAUAAAUGUAAUAUAAUCUAUGAAAUUGAUUGCAAAGUUUUGGUGGACAUUGUUAGGAAUACUUUAAAAAGUUCAACUUCAUACAGUUCAUAAUAAUUCCAAAUUGCUAAAAAGUUCCUACUGGUAUAUACUUUCAUUAGCUCCUGUUGGGAUUGCAAACAGAAAAACAAAAACAAAAAAUUUUUCCAGAAGUGUCAUUUUCCAAACAUUUUCAUCUCUCUAUUGAAUUGGAUAUCAAUAUUGCCCAGUAAUUGCCCAUAGAAUAGAUAAAAUUUUUUGUCAUAUUCCUUUAUUCCUAGCUUUCAAAAAUUCAAACUCUUUAAUUCUAGCAUGGUUGAGCCCUUCGUUCAAUAUGUUUCUAUGCUUGGUGAUCUUUAACUUGAAGUAAAUGGAAUAUGUCAAAAAAAAAUAUUGGCUUUUGAAUUUUAUAUCUCAUUAUCGUGACUGUCGGUCCAGAGCAGUGGUUUUCAACCUGUGGGUCAUGGGCCAUAAACCUAUCAAAAUUACUGUUCUAGUUAUUGAAAAAUUUAGUUUUAUUCGUGUCACCAUAGUUAAAUUUUAAUUGUAGUGGCAAUGAAUGAUGAUGUUGUUUUUUUCCAAUGAGUCGUAAUUUUCAAUUUAUCUAAUAAAGUGAAAAAAUCUAGUAGUUUUCCCCUUACAUAAGAAAUUAAUAGCCCGUAGUAUUUUGGUGCCACGAACGAAAAAAAAAGGUUGAGAACCACUGCUCUAGAGCCUUGAUCUAAAACGCUGGAAUAUAAUAGAAUUACUGCAAAACUAUUUCUGAUGAAACCUUGUUGUAAAAUUAAAUAUACCACACUCCUUUUUGUUGUGUUCCCCUAUAUAUUCUUACCCAAUUUUCUCAUACUGAUUAGUGUUCCCCACCAUUAUUAUAUUUUAUCAUUUAUCUGUGUAGAGCGAGAAUAUCAUUUUCAAUUCCUUGCUACUAUUAUGCUUCCAAGCUUCAAAUUAUUCGAUAAUAGAAAUUCUGCUUAUGUUUAAUAAUGUGAGCCCAAUAACAUUUAACAGGGAGAAUAGUCAGGUUCUUUCAGGAAUUCUUAACUGAUGCGAUUUCUCCUUGUUUUCUAAGGUUGGCUAGAACUUAAUACCUUUAACGGUAAGGGGCAAUAAUGUUUACAUUUGCAAAGUGUAUCAUAUCACUGAAUGAGCGAUAUAAUACAUUUUAAGGCCUUGGGGAUUACAAAUCACAUUAAUAAUUUUAUCUUAAACAGAAUUGAAAUUUGGGCUUAAAUUUAAAUCUUUUGUCGUAGCAUAUUCACAGUCGGUAAAAGCCAUUAAUGUAACAUUUUGCCAGCAUUUGGUCUGUUCGUUGCCCUCAUGAGGCGAUUUAAAAUUUAAUUGUUUGUUUACCAACCUGGUAAAUUUCUUCAUUUUUGUGGUUCAUAAUAAAAUUGAUGUUAAUUCGACUAAGAAAUAUUCCUUCCCUCUGUGUUAAAAAUAUAAAAACAGCCAUUUUAAGCUAAGCAGAAUGCUUUUGAAUAAUUUUUGCUUGGGUUGUAUUAUUUGCGUUAAUUUUUCGUGAAACUGUAAAAUAUUUAUCUCUCCCUAUGUACAAAUGAACCAUAGCUAACAACACAUCGAUUUGCGAAUAAAAUCAUUAAAUAUUG